CAUUUGAUGUUACAAUCCGAUGCUUUGUGUGAAUGAAUAUCAUCAAAUUAUUUAUUUAUUUUUUAAUUUUUGACUAGCUUAUUAUUAAAAAAGGAAGAAGAAAACAUAAUACAUGGCGUGAAGAAUCAAUCCCGAUACGCGCGUAAAAGGCUAACCAUCUCCAUCUGUGGUAUUAAAAUCCAGGCCAUCUCCAAUUUUUGCCGCUCGCGAAUUAGGGUUUCAGUCUCCCUUCCAUUCCUCAGCGUCCAAACAUGGCUUACUUUCCCGGGAACUUCAUCCAUGCAACUGCAAUCAAACUCCAAUUCCGAGUCUUUCUAAUCCCCUGGGUAAAAAGGAAAAGCGGAAUAAUUUGCUGCGCCAAGGGGAGGGACUACAGUAGCUCGUUUCCAGUGAAAUACAUUCCCAACAAAUCCUCAAGGAACGAAGGAAAUGAAGUUGUUUCUUUGCCUCAAAGGUAUUUGAACAAAAGGCAUGAUGAGCCGGAGUUGAAUGUAGCGACUGCCAAUAUUUCCAAGAGUGCAAGCCGGAGGAUUUUGGAUGUUGAGUCCAUGAAUCAUGACGCCUGCAGUACUUCUAACAUAAGUCAUGGGCUGAGUUUUGAGGUGGAAGAAGAGAUCGAGGGGGAUUUCAUGGCUGUGAAUGAUGAAUUCAUUGAAGAGCCUGAUGAGAUCAUCGAUAAUAGUAGUCAAAUAUGUCUUGGAAUUCAAUCAGGUUAUAGUCGGCAAGAUGUGGAGAAGUCGGCGAUUGAGUUACUUGCUUCCAGAGCAUUUACUGCUGUGGAGCUGAAAAAGAAGCUACAAGGAAAGAGUUUUCCACUUGAAAUUGUUGAUGCAGUGAUAACAGACUAUCAGAACAGGGGUCUGAUUAAUGACUGCUUAUAUGCGGAAACAUAUUCUCGAUCCAGAUGGUCUUCCUCGAGUUGGGGCCCUCGGCGAAUCAGACAAGCAUUAUUCAAAAAGGGGGUAAGCGAAGUAGAUGCAGAGAAAGCGAUAAAACUAGUCUUUGAGAAUGGUGAAGGUGGUGGAGAUCAGGAUUCAGGAAUUGCUAUGUCAAAGCAUUCUAUUGAUCAGCUAUACGUUCAGGCCUUGAAGCAAUGGCAGCGAAGUAAUGGAGCCCCUCAAGAGACACGAAAAUCAAGAAUCGUCCGGUGGCUUCAGUAUCGUGGCUUCAAUUGGAGUGUUAUUAAAUAUGUAUUGAAGAAGUUGGAAUCCGACAGUCCUUCCUAAAGCCUUCCUGCUCUGCUGCCAGUGGUGAUAACUCUUCGUCGAUGUGCUGUUCUUAUCAGUCUCAACGGGUUUAGUAUGGACUUGUCAAAUGUACCCUAAGUACAUGUAAUAAAUGAUGAAAGGAACAAUUGUGAGGAGGAUGCCAGGAAGAUUGUUGUCGUUUCUCUGAGGCUAGACAUCAGAUACAAUGCAUCAAUACAUUCUGAAAUAGAUACGAGAAUUUGUUUCACUGAGUUACCUAUUAUCUGAGUGAUGAGUACUGUGCUUGCAAUGCAUCUCUCAUCCUUAUAUUU